AUGGAGCAAAAGCAUUUGAUGGUAUACCCUUAUGAAUAAUAUAUAAGAGAUAUUACGUUGAAGAAUAAUAGACAUUACAUAGAGCAGCUGCAGUUUAUGGUUCUGGGUUGGCUAUGCAAUUAAAUUUAGAGAGAAAUAUUUUAGGAGCUCCAGGAUAAUCAUCAUAUAUUCAUUUAGAGAUUGCAAUGAAUAAAUUGAAUGAUAUAGAUGAAUUAGAUUUUAUGGGAAAUAAGAAAUUAGAAUAAGAAUACGUGAAAGGAUUUUAAUAAAUAUGA